UCCAAGUUAGUUGAACUUAAAACCUACGAUGUUGAUGUUUCCUUCUCAUUGUUAUCAUCGAAGCCACAUUGUCAAAACCCUCUCCUGUUCUUCUACAAUGUUCCAUUCCUUCUUCGUAUCCUCCACCAUCUUCUAAACACCACCAUUCCCAAAACCAUCUUCGAUCCAAUCGCCACCCGAAACCCUUAUAUUCAACCGACCCAUUUCACCAAUUUCACCAAUUCAACUUCCGAAUCAAUCAAAAUCGGUUUUUGAUUCGUGGGGUUGGUUCAAAAUGUCGUCUUUCACCACUAUCCCUUGUCCCAAAUGUCUCACUUUUCAUCAUUUGGGUUUGAGUUCUCAGAGCCUUUCAGGACGGAAUGUGCAGGUGGGGUUCAAGAAGUGUCAGUCGUUUGGAUCUGUGAGCUGUGAUUUGGUGACAAAUGGGAUUCAGUGCCUCGAAAGGAAGCAAACUUCUGUCUGGAAGUCUCAAGCACAUCCUAAUGAGGCCGCUACUAUUGAAAAUUCUUCAAAUUCUGCACCUGCAUUGGUCAAUGAACCUAAAGAUCUUGCUUUACCAAAGGAGGAAGAUAACCAUAAUGGAAAACCCUCCGGUCCAACCACUCCUACAGAUGAAGAAUCUUCAGUUUUCACAUUUAUGAAUCAAGUUUCAGAGCUUAUUAAACUUGUGGAUUCGAGAGAUAUUGUGGAGCUGGAACUUAAGCAAGCUGGGUAUGAGCUCAUGAUAAAGAAAAAGGAAGCUUUGCAGCCUCCACCCGUGUCACAACAAUCGUUUUCCUAUCCGGCAUAUCCUUCUCAUUAUGCACCACCACCGCCACCACCAUCUGUUGCUACUUCUGCUCCUGCAAGUGCUCCACCUGCAAAACCAGUUGCGGCCUUGCUUUCGAAAAGUAGUGCAUCAUCUCAUCCACCCUUUAAAUGUCCAAUGGCAGGAACUUUCUAUCGAUGUCCUGCGCCUGGUGCACCACCAUUUGUCAAGGUGGGAGAUAAAGUGCAGAAAGGGCAGGUUAUUUGUAUUAUUGAGGCUAUGAAACUGAUGAAUGAAAUUGAAGCUGAUCAAACAGGAACUAUAGUUGAGAUUCUGGUAGAAGACGCGAAGCCAGUCAGCGUAGGCCUGCCUCUUUUUGCAAUUGCACCAUGAUGAGUACCAGAAGAAGGGACUUUUUACAUCGUUAGUUCUUGCAUAAACAUAGCACAAGACUGUGAUAAUGGCGUGGAAUUUUUAUUAUUCAGAUACGUUUAUUGAGCGAUAAUAUCUGUUCGAGUUUAGAAAAUCAUUAUAUUUAUUUAAAAAUAGCGACAGUUCAAGACAUAAAUGCCAUGGCAUAUCAGAAGGAGUGUUAGAGUUUGUAGUUCUAAACAGUUUUAAUAAUAUUUUCUUGUGAAAGAGUUUUACGAUAAUUGUGUCGAAGUUUUAUGCAUUUGAUUUUAUUCUGGUA